UAUUUUUUCAUUCCAUUAUACUACACCAACCCCCCUCUCUUUGGCCACCAAAAUUUUUGGUUGGUGAGUCCUCCUCUCCUCUUGUCUUCCUCAAGUGCUUAAUCCCAUCUUUCUCUCUCCUCUAAAAAGGCUAAAACCCACCUACAUUUCAAGAUUUUCAACCAUCAAACACAAAAAGUAAGAAAAUUUAAUAGAAAACAACAAUGUCUCAAGCUACAACCAUUAACAAUGGUGUUCAAGGUGCUCAAUUUUGCCCCAAUUUGCCCAAAACCCACAUGCCCAAAUCAUUGAAAAAUGUUAAAUUUGGAUCAAAUUUAAGAUUUUGUCCAAAACUAAAGUCUUUCAGAAAUGAGAGGGUUGGUGGGCAAUCAUCAGUUGCUUUUAGGGUUCGUGCAUCAGUUGCACCAGCUGCUGAGAAAUCUUCAAGUGCCUCAGAAAUUGUGUUGGAACCCAUUAAAGAGAUCUCUGGCACUGUUCAAUUGCCAGGGUCUAAGUCUUUAUCCAAUCGAAUUCUUCUUUUAGCUGCCCUUGCUGAGGGGACAACAGUGGUGGACAACUUGCUAUAUAGUGAUGAUAUUCGAUACAUGUUGGAUGCUCUAAGAACUCUUGGGCUAAAUGUGGAGGAUGAUAAGACAGCCAAAAGGGCAAUUGUGGAGGGUUGUGGUGGUCUAUUUCCUGCUGGUAAAGAGGGAGGGGGUGAAGUUGAACUUUUCCUUGGAAAUGCAGGAACAGCAAUGCGUCCAUUGACAGCCGCAGUUGCUGUUGCCGGAGGAAAGUCUAGUUAUGUGCUAGAUGGAGUGCCAAGAAUGAGGGAGCGACCCAUUGGGGAUUUGGUAGCUGGUCUGAAGCAACUUGGUGCCGACGUUGACUGUUUUCUUGGCACGGAUUGUCCUCCUGUCCGGGUUAUUGCUAAUGGGGGCCUUCCAGGGGGAAAGGUCAAGCUCUCAGGAUCAGUUAGUAGCCAAUAUUUGACUGCACUGCUCAUGGCAACACCUUUAGGUCUUGGAGACGUUGAAGUUGAAAUCAUUGAUAAAUUGAUUUCUGUACCUUAUGUGGAGAUGACAAUAAAGUUGAUGGAACGUUUUGGUGUGUCAGUAGAGCAUAGUGCUAACUGGGAUAGGUUCUUGAUCCGAGGUGGUCAGAAGUACAAAUCUCCUGGAAAUGCAUAUGUCGAGGGUGAUGCUUCAAGCGCUAGUUACUUCCUAGCAGGGGCUGCAGUCACUGGUGGAACUGUGACUGUUGAGGGUUGUGGAACAAGCAGUUUACAGGGUGAUGUAAAAUUUGCCGAAGUUCUUGAGAAAAUGGGUUGCAAGGUUACCUGGACAGAGAACAGUGUCACUGUAACUGGACCGCCCAGGGAUUCAUCUGGAAGAAAACACUUGCGCGCCGUUGAUGUCAACAUGAACAAAAUGCCAGAUGUCGCUAUGACUCUUGCUGUUGUUGCCCUGUAUGCAGAUGGGCCCACUGCCAUCAGAGACGUUGCUAGCUGGAGAGUGAAGGAAACAGAACGGAUGAUUGCCAUUUGCACAGAACUCAGAAAGCUUGGGGCAACCGUUGAGGAAGGACCUGAUUACUGUGUGAUCACUCCACCUGAGAAACUAAACGUGACAGCCAUUGACACAUAUGAUGAUCACCGAAUGGCCAUGGCAUUCUCUCUUGCUGCCUGUGCUGAUGUUCCUGUCACCAUCAACGACCCAGGAUGCACUCGCAAAACCUUCCCAGACUACUUUGACGUUUUGGAAAGGUUUGCCAAGCACUGAGUUGCCAUAUAUUGGUUAUCUAGAGCAUACGCCUCACUCAAAUUUGAAUCAAGAUUAAUAUGCUUUCAGCUUGAGCUUUCGCCGCAUUCUUUGUAUCAUGUUUGUAAGAUUUUAGUUUAUACAGUGUAUUAAUUUUGUAUCAGGCCAGUUAGAAAUAAAAUUCUUGAAAAGAUGAACUAUGAGAAUGUGAUUUAGAAACUAGUAUUGGGGUCUGAACUCUACAGCAAUAACUGCAGAGUUUGGACACCAUAUUUUGGUAAUGUGAGUUCCAUACUGUUGUUUCAAAUUGUUCACCAUCUUCACUUCUUUCCAACAUGAGUAACCAAUAUUCUUAUUA